AUGACAAUCCAGACCGUUGCUUGUUACAUCCCUAUCAACGGUACUUUACCUGCUGCAUUUAAUUAUCCUGAGACGCUGACAUUAAGUAAUUUCACUAUGCUUUUAUCUGGUUAUUUUUAUGCUCCUAAGAGUGGAGAGUACCAGUUCAAGAUUAAUAGAGCUGAUGAUCUUGCCUACGCUAAUAUCGGGGCCGGCAGUGCCUUCGAUUGUUGUCAAAAAUCUGAUACCGUUUCCAAUCCAGCAGCAUCUGAUUUGAUUACUGAACUUGGAGCAUCCUCUAAUGCCACUGUUAACUUGCAAGCGGGCGUAUUCUAUCCAUUAAGAUUACUAUACAUUAACAGGUAUGGUAACCUUGGUCUAGAGUUCCAGUUUGUGGAUGCAGAUGGUAUCCUGCAUGAAACAUUCGACGAUUAUGUGUACAACUUUCCUGACGACUCAUUAGGAAAUAUUUGUCCUAUGAGUGUCACUACCACUACUGUGCCAUGGACACAAACAGUAACCUCAACUUACACCACCGAAACGGCAUACGAAGUUUCUGAUGGGUCAAGCACUACUGCAAUUUUGGUUGUCGUUGAAACCCCUGAGGUUCAAACUGAUACAACCACUUACACUCCAUGGACCGGUACCACUUCCAACACUAUUGGUACAGAAACAGUGACUGAAACUGGCUCAGAUGGUAUUCCAACUGUGAAAACAAUUUACACCGUUGAGACCCCAGAAGGUCAGACUGCAACAACCGUGUAUACCAGCUGGACAGGCGAAUAUACUACCACCUUCGCCACUGAAAUUGUUACCUCAACUGGUGAGGAUGGAAUUCCAACAAUCAAGGCAAUUUACUCAGUUGAAACUCCUGCAGAAACCAAACCAACAUUUAGCGGUUGGGCUAGUAACACUAUUACGUCUGAUGUAACAUCAACACAGCCAACCUUCUCAUUGACUACUGUCACUACAACAAGUAACGGUGUUACUACCGUCUACACCACCACUUGUCCUAUCGAUACCACUACCACUGAAAGUGCAUCUAAUGAGUAUCACACUUCAAAGUCGGAGAUCGAUGAAACUUCUACCAGAGAAACCUCAUUUGCUACAGGUACAAACAAAGACCAAAGUUCUAGUGUUGAAGUAACAACCGCUUCUCAAAAUGCUGAAGUCUCAUCAGCCGAAAUCGCUAUCACUUCUGAUGUGUCAUCCGAAAGUGAAACCAGACAAGCACAAACAAGCUCUACCGCAGAAACACGAGUAGUAACUACUACCACAGCAUCUACAUCCAACUUGAUAUCAACGUACGAGGGUAGCGCUGUCAAGCUUCUUGCGACUCCAUUCAUUGCGGUAAUCUUGGCAUUGCUAUGA